UUUGUGCAGAACUUUCUAAAAGAGAUGUCUGCGAAGGACGAGAAGAUCAGCUCAUUAGUAUACAUGGGCUUUUCUGAAGAUGAAGCCAAUAUGGCUAUGACAAGAUGUGGUGUGGAUGCUGAUCUCUGGGUAUUAGUUGAUUCAAUUACUGCAUCACAGGUUGCAGGAGAUUGCCGUUCCAGAAACGUAUUUGACCAUCAGGUUAUGGAUCAAUGCUUUGAUUCCUUUGGAGAGAGAAAGAAAGCAAGAUUGAUGGAAGAGCGCAAGAAAAAGAGGAUGCGAUAUGGAGGUGGAGCACAUGGCAAUCGAUCUUCCUUGGAUGGCAGUGAUGACGAACCGAUGCUUCUCCCAAAUCCAAUGGUUGGAUUUAACCUGCCGGGUUAUAAGCGGCCAUCAAUGAUGAGAAAGCUUCCUCAACAAGCUAUUGGACCACCUUUUUUCUACUAUGAAAAUGUGGCCCUAACUCCAAGAGGUGUAUGGCAGACCAUUUCAAGAUUUCUGUAUGACAUUAAACCAGAGUUUGUGGAUUCAAUGCAUUUGUGUGCAGCUGCAAGGAAAAGAGGCUACAUCCAUAAUUUGCCUAUUGAGAACAGAUCACCUCUUCUUCCUCUACCUCCAAAGACCAUAUUUGAGGCAUUUCCUCAUUAUAAGAAGUGGUGGCCUUCUUGGGAUCCAAGAAGACAACUCAGAUGCUUGCAAACAACCGUGGCAAGUCCAAAGACGACAGAGCGGAUCCAAGGUCUUCUUGCAAGGUCAGGCAAUCCACCACCGCCAAGUGUUCAGAAAUAUGUCAUGGAUGAAUGUAGAAAACGGAAUCUUGUCUGGGUUGGAAAAAACAAGGUUGCUCCAUUGGAGCCUAAUGAGGUGGAAUAUCUACUUGGUUUCCCAAGGGACCACACAAGGGGGGUCAGCAAGACAGAGAGAUAUAAAUCUCUCGGCAACUCAUUCCAAGUUGAUACCGUUGCUUACCACUUGUCAGUGCUGAGAGACAUGUUUCCUAAUGGUGUUAGUGUGCUGUCCUUAUUCACCGGUAUUGGAGGAGGAGAGGUAGCUUUGCAUAGGCUUGGGAUCCACAUGAGGGUGGUGGUUUCUGUUGAGAUAAGUGAAGCUAAUAGGAAGAUUUUCAGGGGUUGGUGGGAUCAGACCCAGACAGGCACACUUAUUGAGAUUGCUGACGUGAAAUCUGUCACUCCAGAUAUAAUUGCAUCAUAUGUUGGUAGAUUUGGCGGCUUUGACUUGAUGAUUGGGGGCAGCCCGUGUAACAAUCUUGCCGGGAGCAACAGACACCACCGUGAUGGCUUGGAGGGCGAGCAAUCAUCUUUGUUCUACCACUACUUCAGAAUCUUGGAAGCCGUCAAGUCGGCUAUGGCGAGGAUAUAGCCUAAGCAUUGCAGUACCCUAUUUUAUCACUUAGUGUUUAUAUCUAGGAACCGCGACUUCUUUUGUUUUACUUAGAGUAAGAGACAUCUUUUGGUUAGUUGCUUCAUAUCGUUUUCUUUGCUUGCACUUACAAAUAGGUGUCAGGCACUUAAAUAUGUGGGUUCCAGGCUAUGAAAAUGGUGAGCACAGUAAGGUUAAAGGAGGUU